GUUUCCGUCCAACGUUCAGCGGAGCUAGAAUCGCGGACUGCCUCGCAGCGUUUCGUAAAUCUUCGGGUAGCUGGAGGUUUUAAGGAAAACAAACCGUUUUUGACGAACAUAUCAAGGAAACCGUUCUGAAACAUCGGUUGUUGACAGCGACGCAGUUUAUGCAGUAGAGUAUUUUGUGCAUUCAGCGCAUCUGUUGGGAUCUUCAAAGGUUUUUAUUUCGAAUUGGUCCGUUGAGGAUUAAACGUUGCGCGCUGUGUCGGAUGCUUCCGGACGGCCUGGGAUGGGAAAGUCGAACUAAAAUUAAAGAGUGAACUUGCAAUUAAAGAUCUGUCCUCAGCCUUUUGGAUUUAAACCUGUCCACAGUGCAGACAAACAUGGAAUCGACGGUUGAUGACGACGCGAUGGAAGCGUGAAUGAGGGUUAGCGUGGCGAAAACUGAAUGAUGCCCAAGGCUGGGGACUGUAAAACACCCCAGCUGGAGGACUUCUCACUCAACCCUGACAUGCUAGAAAAGCAGACUGGGAAGAAGGACAAAGAUAAAGUCUCCUCAAACAAGACGCUUAAAUUGGAGCGAAGUGAUGGAGGUAGAGAGAUGAAAGAGAAGGCUCCAAAGAGAAAGCUGUCCUUUACUGUUGGAACCAAUGGAGAGAGAGAUUCUGACUCAGAAAAGCAAGGUCCAGAACGGAAACGGAUCAGGAAGGAGCCUGCCAGCAGCAAGAAAUCAGGCCUGCUCUUUGGAAUGGGCAUGCAAGGGCUUCGUGCUGGGUGCCCACUCUCAGAGCGCCAGCAGGUGGCUCUUCUUAUGCAGAUGACAGCCGAGGAAUCGGUGAACAGUCCAGACACCACACCAAAGCACCAGUCACAGUCAAGUCUUGGUCAGAAGGGAACACCAAACUCUGCCUCAAAAACCAAAGAUAAAGUGAACAAGCGCAAUGAGAGGGGGGAGACUCGGCUGCACCUGGCCGCAAUCCGGGGGGAGGCCUGGCGCGUUAAAGAGCUGAUCAGCGAGGGUGCCGAUGUGAACCUUAAAGACUUUGCAGGGUGGACUGCAUUACAUGAAGCAUGUACCAGGGGUUUCUAUGAUGUGGCCAAGCAGCUGCUGGCAGCCGGAGCAGAGGUCAACACAAAGGGUCUGGACGACGAUACCCCUCUGCAUGACGCAUCCAACAAUGGGCACUUCAAGGUGGUAAAGUUGCUAUUGCGAUAUGGAGGGGAUCCUCGCCAAAUGAACCGGCGGGGUGAAACACCAUUGAAAGUAGCCAACUCACCAUCUAUGCUGAAUCUUCUACUUGGAAAAAGUGCUUAUACUUCAAGCGAGGAAAGUUCUUCAGAUUCCUCAGAAGAGGAAGAUGCUCCAUCUUUUGCUCCAUCCAGCUCCAUUGAUGGCAAUAACACAGAUUCAGAGUUUGAGAAAGGCCUGAAAUUGAAAGGGAAAUAUUUUGAGCCACAAAAAUCAACAGCCAUGGCUAUCAAGGAUGAGUAUGAGUUUGAUGAGGAUGAUGAAGAAGAACGGGUUCCUCCUGUCGAUGACAAGCACUUACUCAAGAAAGAAUUCCGCAAAGAUUCCAUAAGCAAAGGCAGCAGCUUCAUUUCAAUUCCUAAAAUGGAAGUUAAAACCUAUUCCAAAAGCACUUCUCUGACACCAAAGAAGACAGCAAGACGAAACCAGUCAGAUACAAACAGCUCAGACGAAGAUGACCAAACCAUGUGCUUCUCCCAAACACCAUCAGUGCGGCAAAUAGUCCCAGCAAAUAACAUCAAAAACCGGGAGUCUGAUACUUUGGCCUCCAAGCAACAGAAAGAAAAGAAUAAGGUAAAAAAGAAGAGGAAGAAGGAUUCAAAAAGUAACACUAAAGAAGUCCGGUUUGGCAAGAUGAGUGAUAAGUUCUGCACAUCUGAAUCAGAUAGCGGAGACUUGGAAAGUGAGGAUGAUAAGGGCUCUGUACCGAGUUCUGUACCGAAUUGUACAAAGGACUCUUCUGCUAUGUGCCUGAAAGAAUCAUCUCUUUUGAAUUCCCUUUCUGCCACCUCUUCAUCUUCUCAUGGGAGCAUGAGCUCUCAAAAGUUGACUCAGUCAUUUGUGGAACAGCAUCCAAAACAGUGGAGAACAGAGGAAUGGAAAAGCAUAUCCUCAUCUGCUUGGUCUGAUGACAGCUCAUUCUCAGAAUCCCUCCAGACCAGACUUUCCAGUGAAUCUGAUUAUUCAUCAGCAGAUUCAAGUCUAGAGUCUACCAAACAGGUAAAAAAGAAGAUGCAUGAGACACGGAAGAAGAAUAAUGUGCACUAUAACACUUUGGAAAAGAAGGCCUCCUUAGACUUUCAAAAGAACUUGGAUGGAACUGUGUCCAAGACAGACAAAGAGGGUAAAGUGUUAAAAAAGCACAAAGUAAAACAUAAGCACAAAAAUAAAGGGAAGGAAAGGGCUCCAAGCUUGGUCCUUAACCAAGAUAUGAAUGAAAAAUUUGUGAAGAGUUUUUCUUUUGACUUCGAUGACUCACGACAAAAGUCACUUACUAUGGAAACAGAGACAUCCAUAGAGAACAAAGUCAAGCUUACCAAGCACACCAAAGACCAUUUUAAAAAGGAAGACAGAUAUUACAAAAGCAAGUCUGAGGACAAGGAUUGGACUCGUGCAGAAGAAGCAGGCAGGCCAGUAAGAGAGGAGAAGUCCAAAAAGAAGGAUUCCACUAAAGAGAAGUCGAGUAAAGAGGAUAAAGAUAAAACAUUCAAGUCUGAUAAGGAUAGGAGUGUCAAGGACAAGUCCAAAGACGAGAAGCAGAAACCCCACAAAGAUGAGAAAAAGAAAAGGCUAAAGUCAUCAAAAUCAGAUAAAAAGAAUGAAAAAGAGGGAAAAUUUGUUAGAAUAGAAAAAGAGAAAAAUUCAAAGGAGGAGAAAGAGAAAAAUAAAAAGGAGAGGGCAUCCAAGGAGGAGUUUCCUUACGAAAACUAUGAUAUUAAGAACCGUUUUUUAGAUCUAGACAGUAGUCAGCUUAGCGGCUCAGAUGACCACUAUGACCAGUGGAUGACAGACCUUUCUUCUGAAUCUUCAGUCUAUGAAGAAGAUAGUUGGGACAUGCCGGUGAAGGAAUACAAGGAGUGUAAAGCAAUCAACUCUGUUAGGUUGAUUGUAGAGACUAUAAAGGAUGACAGUCGAGACGGAAGGAAAGAGAGUAAGAUAAAAGACAGAAAAACUGAGCACCUUGAAAGACAUAAUGAGAAAGAAGUUGCAUCCAAAAAAAGGGAGAAAGAUGUUUCAGACAAAGUAAGUGAGAAGAAAAAGGAGAUGACAGACAAACAGAGACCAAACUACAGCUAUUUGGAAAAAGAGAAAAAAAAGAAAGAUUCAAUGGAAAAUGUGAAAGAGAAAAGGGAGAAAGAUGCUGUAGACAGCAGCAGGGAAAGAAAAGAUUCUCAUGAAUUUAUGAAGGAGAGAAAAGACUCAAAAACUAAACAAGACGACGUUUUAAAAGAGGACUAUGGGAGUGAAAUUUAUUUCAAAGAUAAACCUGAGAAUGAGGCUGUUAGCAAACUGUCAGAACCCAGAGAGAGAAAUCACUCUGGAAAAGAUAAGGAGAAAAAAGGAGAGGGUUGGGAAAAGGAGAAGAAAGACAAAUCUAAAAGUGAGAAAUACAAAGAGAAGCCCAAAGAAAAAAUCAUUGUGGACCCAGAAAAGGAGAAAAUGGACAAAUGUUCCUCUGAUAGAUCUGCUAAAGAUGUGGAUAGGGGGUUAAAAGAUAAACACAAAGAAUGCCAUAAUAAAGAAAAAGAGCGGAAAGUAGAACAAAUUAAAGACAGGCAUUCUGAUAAAGAAUUUCUGGAAUUUAAAAAAGAAGAGAAAAAACCUGACAAGGUUAGGGAAAAGACCUGGUUUUCCAAAAUUGCCGACAUCUUCACAGAUGAAAGUGAGAAUGAGGAGGAUGUUUGCAGUGGCAGAGCCUUUAAAUUUAGCGAUUCUCUAAAUCAGUUCGACUGUCACCGCAAGGAUCCUACACCUGACAGAGAUGAGAUGGACCUCUCCCAAACCGAAAAACACUCAAAGAUCUCUGCAGAAGAGAAAUCGUUCCCUGUAGAAAAACAAAAAGAGAAGGAUUAUAAAGAUAAGAAAAAGGAUAAAAGCAUCUUUGAUUUUGGGAGAAAGUCAUCUCUGGAUGUACUUAAAGAAAGAAAAGACAAAGAUCCCCUAGACUGUAAGCAUAAGGAUCGCAAGGACAGAGGAUCUUUUGACUCAAAUCAAGAGAAGAAGAACAAGCAAAAACUGUCGGAGAAGAGGCAUUUGAGUGAGGAGAAACCCAAAAAUAAAUAUAAAGACAAGUUGGACAAAGAACACAUGAAAGAUAAGAAGACCUCCAAAGCAAAUGGUGAAAAUGAGAAAUCGCUGUUGGAGAAGCUGGAAGAGGAGGCAUUGAAUGACUACAAAGAUGACUCCAAUGAUAGAAUCAGUGAACUGUCGUCAGAUAGUUUCACAGACGGGGGGCGUGAGCCAGAUCUUAAUCUGUAUGAAUCCUCCAGCAUCAGCUUACAGGACAUAACUGAAGAUAGGAGAGACUCGCUAUCAUUAUCCUAUCCUCAAGAUAAAUUUAAAGAAAAGGAGAGGCACAGGCACUCAUCUUCAUCGUCAUCCAGAAAGAUUCAUGAAAAGGUGAAAAAGGAGAGGACCGAAAAACGAGAAAAGUUUGAUGAAGUUAAAGAUUCAUACAGGCGCAGAGAGAGUCUGCCUUUUGAAAAGGAGUCAAUGCCUUUGGAGGCAGACCCAUUUACAUUUGCUAUUGGAGCUAAACCUGAUGGCGAGGAUCAUUUAGAAAAGACUCUAGAGUUUGAAAAAGAGAUGUCUAAAAAAUGCGAUAAAGGCAGCAGUACCAUCAUCAGCGACAAAAUGAAAGAGAAAAAGAAAAAAGACAGACUUAAGGAUAAAGUGAAAGAAGAGAAACACAAAUAUGUAGAUGGUGUAGCUUCUAAUAAACACUCUAAGGAUGAUCUGAAAUCUGGGCUUAAGGAGAGCAUUCAACUGACUAGUUUGAAUGAAAAGUCUAAAGUAGAGACUGGGAGGUUUGACAUGAAAAACAAAGACAAAUCUAAAGAAAUUCAAGAAAAAGAUUGUAGAAUGGAUUAUGUAAAGCCUAAGGCAAAAGAAGAGAAUACUGACAAGAUAAAUCAAUCUAGAGAUGCAAUUCGAAAUUCAAACCGUCCACGUGAAAAGCUUCUUGUUGAUGGGGACCUCAGAUUGACGAGCUUUGGGAAGAUGCUGAGCCAGAAGGACCAAGAAAUUGAAGAGCGUCAUAAAAGGCACAAGGAACGAAUGAAGCAGAUUGAGAAGUUGAGACACAGAUCCAUAGAUCCAAAACUAAAAGAUAAAGCUAAAUCAAGUGAGGACCUAAGAAAAAACCGCAUUGAUCUGUCUUCUAAAAAAAUUAGUUCUUUGGAGUCUUUGUUAAAAGAAAAGAAGAAAGACGUGGACCCUCAAGCUCAAAUAAUGUCUCCUGAUAGAAAAUCACAGCCUGUCGACAGUCAGAGUUCAAAAAACUGGCUGGCAGGACAUCAUAUGAAGGAAAAUCUUCCUGCUUCUCCAAGGCCAGAUCAAAGCAGGCCAACUGGUGUUCCCACACCCACUUCAGUUAUAUCUUGUCCCAGCUAUGAAGAAAUUAUGCACACUCCACGUACUCCAACAUGCAGUGCAGAUGAUUACCCAGAUCUCUUGUUUGAUAACAUAGACUCAUCUACUAUGACUAAUUCCAUUACGACCUACUCCCCGUCUUUAGUUGACAGGUGCUCCAGUGCAUCACACACCCUUCAGGAAAGCAUCUCCAUAUCUCCCAUAAAGAAUAUUCAGAUGCCUGUUCUCAGCCGGUCAGCAUCUGUAGAUCUCAGGAGAUCUUUGGAUGAGGAAUUCAGACGAGAACCUGAGAAGUUCCUUCGGCAGCAGAGCAUCCCUGCUACUUCUGAAUUCAAGUCAUCAGACUUACUUUCAGUAGAAGAUAAAUCACUGGAUAAACCUGAAUGCUUUUUCCCUCACAUUGGAAUGCAUUCCCCCGGGAUUGAACCAGCCCAGCCAAUAUUGGAUAAUGCUUCAGUUGCAAUCAUUGGCCCAGACAGCAAUGAUCACCUUCCAGAAAGUAUCUCCAACAAUUGUUUGUUGAAGCCCUCAACUCCUAUUCACAGACCUGACCCGCAAGAGCCAUGUUUGCAUAUCGCUGCCUCUCCUGCUCCUGCUGCUGCAGCUUUACCACCUCUGGAUAUUGAUGAGCUAUCAGACCCAUAUCAUCCACUGGCUUUGUCACCACAUUGUGAGCCUAGCCUUCAUCCCACUGAUCUCUGUAAUAGAAGUUACUUCCUAACACAAGUUAUGGAAGACAAAGUUAAUGAUGACGAUGUUGAUGAUGAUGAUGAUGAUGAUGCUGAUGAUGCUGAUGAAAAAGAAGUGGAGAGAAAAAAUGACCAGGUGGAGGUAUCAAAAGGUAAUAUUCACCAGGAGUCAGAGCAUGUAAGAGAAAACCAGUCUUGUGCUCCUUGUCUAGCAGAACCUGUACAGAAGGGCUGGGUUGACUCUUCAGAAAAGAGUUCAGAGGAUGCGGUUUCACUUAUUCCCCCUCAACAUCAAAUAAGCCUUUUGGAAAACUCCAGUGAUCACUCCAUCAGCUGGACAGUGAAUUCUGAUAUGACCAAUAAAUCUCCUCAAAGGCCUUUUUUGGAAUUGUCAUCGGUUUCAAACAUAAUACCCUUCUCACAUUCAGGUGACAACCUGCAACAGUAUCUCUCACAUUCAUUGUCCUCUCUGUCAUCAUCCAUCUUGUCCUACUCUACAUUUCCUGCACCUUACUGCCCAACCCAAGUUUCAGUGUCAGUUUAUGAGAAAAAUAAAGAUACUGUAGAUGAAGUUCUCAUUUCCUCAAAGCCACCAGAUGAAUCCAAAUCAGAUCUGAUUUCCUCCUCCCCAAAACUAGAAUCAUUUUUCACUGACUGCAUAACAUCCCAUGAAGAAAAUCAGCGCCAGGAGAAUUGCUUUAAUAUGGACAGCCCUCCAACCUCUCACAAUUUCAUUGCUGGAAAUAGCAUGGCCCCUUCAGUGACCCAUAAGCCAGUGGUUUCUUGGGCAGACUCUUUUAGUACUGCUGUAGAAGAUUUUUGUGACCUGGUACCCUUCCCUAUGCCACAGUUGCCUUUACAAGACAAAGACGUUCAAGAACCUGUCAUACCGAGGCCCAAGAUGCCUGAUUACAAAGACUCUCCUGCUUGUAUUGCAUCUCUAGCUAAUGAGGAGAAAGAGGAUUUGAGUACAAUGGGGUUGAAUGUACCUGACCUGCCUGAAGCCCCUUGCAGCCCUGGUGAUGUCCCACUCAAUGAUUCUAAACAAAAUACUGUCACACCUUUAGAGAAUGAAACCAGAACAGGCCGAGCCCCUGAGGCUGAUUCUAUUAAUGUAAUGUCAGACAACAUAGAAGUGUUUGCACUUGAUCAGAAAGAGAGUUUAAAGUUAGUAAUUGCCGAUAAUGCGCAUGAAGUGGAACCUGUGUCAAUUCAACCAUCUGCUAUGGAAAUGUCAACAACAUCCUCUGACCAUGAAACCUCUGUAAACUCAAGCAACCAAGAACAGACUAGAACUGUGGAGAUUACUCAGUGUAAUCCUUUGCCUUCUGCUCCUGUGAUAUCAACAGAUACCCAGGAAAAUACAGCUCAUAAGUCAAUUCUGCUUGAGCCCGCUGUCCCAAUGGUAACAGUGGAGGCUCCCAAGAACAUUGAAGAAAUUCCACAAAUAAUAACAAGGAAUCGAGCUCAGAUGCUAGCUAAUCAAAGCAAAUUGAGUACUAGUAUGACAUCAUCCAUGGCAGUUCAAAGCACCAUCAAUGCCACAUCUGUCCCUAACAUCUUGGAAAAGGAGAAAGAGACGAUCAAUAAGGUCACCCCCACCACUCCCACAGCCUCUACCUUGAGCAAAAGCAAAGGCCAAUCUGUGGAUGAAGAAGAUGCUCAGGUGCAGCAUCCACGCAAACGGAAGUUUCCCAGGUCUAGUCAGCAACAAGUGCAGGUCCAGCUGGUCAGCACAACUGUGCAGCAGACAAGGGAGAUGAUUCAACAAACACUGGCUGUGAUUAUCAAUGCCAUUAAGUUGGAUGACAUUGAGCCCUACCAAAGUGACCGGUCCAACCCCUACUUUGAAUAUUUGCAAAUUCGUAAGAAGAUUGAGGAGAAAAGGAAAAUCCUGUGUUAUAUCACUCCACAGGCACCUCAGUGCUAUGCUGAGUAUGUGACCUACACAGGCUCCUACCUGCUGGAUGGAAAGCCUCUCAGCAAGCUACACAUCCCUGUGAUUGCACCACCUCCUUCUUUGUCGGAGCCUUUGAAAGAACUCUUCAGACAGCAGGAGGCAGUGAGAGGAAAGCUAAGACUUCAGCACAGUAUAGAGCGGGAGAAGCUGAUUGUGGCUUGUGAGCAGGAAGUGCUGCGUGUUCACUGCAGAGCUGCAAGGACGAUCGCAAACCAGGCUGUUCCCUUCAGUGCCUGCACCAUGCUUUUGGAUUCAGAGGUCUACAACAUGCCUUCUGAGAGUCAGGGAGAUGAGAACAAGUCCGUGAGAGAUCGUUUCAACACUCGCCAGUUCAUUUCCUGGAUUCAGGAUGUGGGUGACAAAUAUGACCGUAUGAAGACCUGUGUGCUAAUGCGGCAGCAGCACGAGGCAGCCGCCCUCAACGCCGUGCAGAGGAUGGAGUGGCAGCUCAAGGUGCAGGAGCUGGACCCUGCUGGACACAAAGGGCUCUGUGUCAAUGAGGUCCCCUCCUUUUAUGUGCCAAUGGUCGACGUCAAUGACGACUUUGUACUACUGCCGACAUGACAGGAGUGUUCACAGAGCUGUCAAAUAUCACUAUUAAAAAAUAUAUCAGACAAAGCAUCUGGUAAGGGCUAGCCAGUUGGAAAGGAACCUCUUCUCAAAAUGUGUUGUAUAUUUGAUGAAAACAAACUUGCUAAUAAUUUCCUUCCAUAAAAGGAUGACUUUUUUUAAUGGGGGAAAAAAUGCACUUUUACCCUACAAGUUUUUUUUUUUUUUUUUUUUUGUUCCGAGAAGGCAUUAUGGAUUUGCCUGGAGGUAUAGCCCUGAUGUUUGUUUUUUAAGGUGUGUGUGUGUGUGUGUGUGUGUGUGUGUGUGUGUGU